CUUCAGAUCAUCACUAAACACCAGUGUUCCAUAGCUUUCUUUUGAUAUUCCACAAAAUUGAAAAAUGACUAAGUUAAUUAUUGGUCUGGUUUUGUUGGCUUUGACAAUGGCCCUUGCCGAACGUCCUUCAUGGUAUCCCGAAAAUGCUGCCGAACUUGAAGUCAAAUGUAUGAAAGAACAUGCUGUGAGUCCUGAAACUGUGGCCAAUAUGCGUGCCUUUAAUCUGGAUGAGGCCCCCGCCAUAGUUGCUGUUCUCUUUUGCAGUGGCAAGGCUAAGAAAAUCUAUACGCCAGAGUUGGGAUUUGUACCCGAACGUUUUGCCUAUGCCAUGAAGACGAACGUUAAAAUGGACUGCAAUGUUGACUACAUUCGCAAUUGUGCUGAACAACAUAAAGAUGUGCAGCCAGUGGAUACGAUGUAUUUCAAAGUAGUCAAAUGCGUUUUUGACAAUAGAGAGGGUCAUUGCACAAAAGUUUAGCUUAGCAAGGGUGUGUUCUAGAGAAUCUUUAUAAAUUGAAAUCGAAUCAAUUAUAACAAAAUGUAAUAAAGUUGAGAUGGCUGAUGAAGAAUACAAGUAAACUUUUAAAA